AUGGAAUCAUUCAACCCCCCACAGGAUCAACGUAACGGCGCCAACAUGUCUUCUCAAACAGUUGAACAGAACGAGAACCUGGCUGCUCUAGGUCAACCAAGAACACACACCGGCACUGCAUUCUGGCAGCAAUGGGGUGGUGACGAUCCUUGGAAUCCCCUAACCUUUGGGACGCCUAGUGAUGGCCAGGCUCGCUCGCAACUUCUUGAAGCGGCCAAUUUCCAAUAUCAUGACUACCGCAGCAAACCCCUGAUAUCUGAAUGUGAUACCAACCCGGAAGAUUCCACCUAUGGAAGCCGCCUGACUCACAGCAUCGGUAAUCCUUCUACAUACGGUGAAGAUAUCGACCCUGAUCUCCAAGCGUUGGAAUCCCAAAACCCGGACGAUCGGCUCGUCAACGCAAGCCUGGAAACCCUCCAACUACAUUGUCAACCACCUACCGAUGACCCUCAGCUAUAUCCAGCCGAUGACUCCCCUCAGCUAUAUCAAACCGAAUGGACCCGACCACUUCCUCCUGCAAGCGUUGCCACAGCUCCCGUUGGUCGGGAGCGUCGGUGGGCUUGUAAUGACUGCCGUAAGGUAUGCCGUACACGAUCAGAGCUAAGAAAACACGAAUUGAAGCAUUCUCUUCCCUGGCACUGUAAUGUCUCGGGCUGUGUACGAGAUAAAGGCUUUACGUCGAAGAACGACCUUGACAGACAUAAGCGAACUGUACAUGGCGAUCGCACAGUUUCUGGUCGCACUUUCGUGUGUAAUAUUGGCAAUUGCGCCAAGAAAAGUAAAUAUUGGCCAAGAGCAGAUAACUUCCGCUCCCAUCUGCUGAGAAUCCACUCAAAACCCUACUCAGCCAACGAUGAUCUGUCAGAAUAUGUUCAUCGACCAGCUCCUUCUCAAGACCUAGAGGGCAUAGGUGGAAGUGCCAUAGCAUAUCUCCAAGCCCAAGAACAGUCAUCUCGUUCGAUCCAUCCCUCUGCAUCUCUGUCAUUUCGCGGACCUUAUGGUGAUCGACGAGCUUCACAGCCGCUUCCUAGUAUCAGUAGUCUGUCACGGGGUCCAUCUUCUAUAUCAUUUGAUCGAGAUGCAUCCAGCCUGGCUACAGUUCGAGAAGGUGAUGAGAAUUACAUCCAGCCGGGUAUUCUUAGUGGAUCUGGAUCUCUUCCGCCACAUCCAUGGUCAGCAUCCGUUGCCUCCGAGGAGGAUGCCCCAGGAGACGAUAUCACGGCCUCUGAAUCCGAGCUACAGGACGAUGCUGCGCCAGAAGCCAUGGGCGGUGUACAGAAAAGCGGAACUUCAGACACGGAGAUAUCUAGUGUCAGCGAAGACUUGACAUCCCAGCAACCUGAUGUUAGGAUGGCAGAUACCGAUGAAGCUGAAGCAACUCCCAGAGCAAUCUCGUCACAGACAGAUUUGUCCGAGUCCUCUUCGAGUACCAAUCCAGAAAAAACAUACGAACUUCUCGACAGGAUCCCAAAGGAGUUGAUUGCAGAUUAUCUGAGGAAGCACUCAAUGGGCAGUAGGGACGACACUCCGAAGCCCGAUUUAACCAGCAACAAGAGCCAGACGCACUCGCAUAAGUGUUCAGACUGCCCCAAGACAUUCCCUCGGCUAUGUGAGCUUAAGAAGCACAAGAAACGACAUUCAAAGCCAUACGGAUGCACUUUUGCUGACUGUAAGAAGAAAUUCGGAAGCAAGAACGAUUGGAAGAGGCACGAGAGCAUUCAGCACUACCAGCUUGAAACAUGGACAUGCGACUGCACCAAAUCUGACUCGGCUGAGCCCUGUGGCAAGAUCUGCUACCGUCGUGAGAGUUUCAGAAGCCACCUCACAAAGGACCACCCGACACUAGAUCCCCAGAAGCUCGAAGAGAAGAUUGAUAGUUGUCGGAAAGGGCGUCAUUGCGAGACCUACUUCUGGUGUGGCUUCUGUCUGAAAACUGUCAAUAUCGAAGUGGUGAACAAUUCGUGGGCUAAACGCUUUGAUCACAUCGACGACCACUUCUCUGGCCGUGGAGGACCCAAGAAAUAUAUCAGCGAGUGGGUGCAUGAAAAGGAUCGCCAUGCCGCCACCAUUGCCUCCCAGGAAACCGGGUCAGGGUCUUCCUCCGGCUCGUCCACGUCUGACCCUAAGUCUCCCCGGACCUUUGCAUCACAAGACAACAACAGCGAGAAUCACCAGGUCCAAAAGAUGGUGUACAUGUGGGCAUGUUGCAACUGCGAUAUCGAGAACACUCGGAGUCACAACACGUCAUGCCUGGAGUGCAGUCACCGGUCAUGCCAGAAUUGUGAAAUGUACACACUGCCUGCUCCUGGUGACAGUUAG